AUGUCCUCUUAUAAGAACAUUGUCGUUGUCGGUGCAAGCGGAAGCACUGGCAAGAUCAUCAUCGACGGCCUUACAUCAAACUCCACCUUCAAUGUUACUGUGCUUUCCCGCAAAGAAAGUAAAGCAACUUACCCAGCGAAUGUGACGGUCCGAACGACAGACUUUUCUGAAGACGAUCUUUCGGAAGCGCUGAAGGGCCAAGAGGUUGUCAUAUCCGCUCUCGGGGUCGAGGGCUUCGAUCAGCAGCAAAAGCUUGUUGACGCUUCUGUCCGCGCCGGUAUUAAGCGCUUCUUACCCUCUGAGUUCUCGUCUAGUAGUGAGGAUCCAGUUGUUCUGGAACUGUUGCCGCUGUUUGAGGUUAAGAAGAAUCUUAUCGACUAUCUCAGGUCAAAGGAAAAAGAUGGACUGAGCUGGACUGGUCUCGCCACUGGUCUAUUGUUUGACUGGGGACUCGCAAAUGGCUUUCUUGGAUACGAUAUCAAGAACCGAACAGCCAAAAUUUGGGAUGAUGGCAACAAAAAGUUCACUCUGACCAACGAAAAGCAACUUGUACAGGCCGUUAUCUCAACUCUUCAGCAUCCUGAGGAAACUCGCAACCGCUACCUAUACGUAUAUUCAGUUGUUACUACGCAGAACGAGAUUUUGCAUUCGCUGGAGGAAGCCACUGGAGGGAAGUGGAAUGUCGAAAGGACUACCACUGACGCAGAGGUCUCUGAAGCGAGAAAGAGGCUGGGUGCUGGAGACUUCAGUGGUGGAUUUAUUCUUGUACACGCUACUACGUACGGAAACACGAAUGGUCUGAGAGCCAAUUAUGCUGAGGAGGAGAAUUCGGCGAAUGGUAUAUUAGGUCUCGAGUUAGAGAAUAUUGGUGGGACUGUAACAAGGGUUGUUGGCAACUAA